AAGUGCACUUGACCGAGCGGAAGUAGAGGGUAUCAGAGGUUAGGAAGGUGAGGACAAGAGGAAUGGUGAAGCUAGUUUCAGCUUCACGUCCCUCACUGAUUCGGCAUGGGGGACAAGUCAGAACACUGUAGGAUUCCAGAGGAUCUGUUCAAUGAUUUGAAAGUUACAGAUCCCCAGGAAGCAGCAUGCGCUAGCCCUUCGGUUUCUAAUCCCAAAGAUCACCAUUCCCAGAGCAAGCUGCUCGAGGAUGUUGAGACGCAUCCCCAGGAGGACCAGGAAGAAGAGGAGUGCUUUCAUGACACCAACACCUCAUUUGAGGAGGAGCCAGGAGUGGACAAGGUUGAGAACAAACCUGAUGAUGUGAAUGCCUCUGAACUAGAUGAAGAAUACUUAAUAGAACUGGAGAAAAACAUGCCAGAUGAAGAGAAACAGAAAAGAAGAGAAGAGAGCACUAAACUAAAGGAGGAGGGAAAUGAGCAGUUUAAGAAAGGAGAUUAUAUAGAAGCUGAAAGUUCUUAUAGUCAAGCCCUUCAGAUGUGCCCAUCCUGCUUCCAGAAAGACAGGUCUAUUCUGUUCUCAAAUAGAGCUGCUGCAAGGAUGAAACAGGACAAGAAAGAGAUGGCCAUCAGUGACUGCAGCAAAGCAAUUAAGUUAAACCCCAACUAUGUCAGGGCAAUAUUGAGGAGAGCGGAAUUGUAUGAGAAAACCGACAAGCUAGAUGAAGCCCUGGAAGACUAUAAAUCUAUAUUAGAGAAAGAUCCGUCAGUACAUCAAGCAAGAGAAGCUUGUAUGAGAUUACCUAAGCAAAUUGAAGAACGUAAUGAAAAGCUAAAGGAAGAGAUGUUAGGUAAACUAAAAGAUCUUGGGAACUUGGUUCUCCGACCUUUUGGACUCUCCACAGAAAAUUUCCAGAUCAAACAGGAUUCCUCUACUGGCUCCUACUCCAUCAAUUUUGUUCAAAAUCCAAAUAAUAACAGAUAACAAAGAUAACAGUAGCUUUUAAAGCUGGCUUGGAAAUUGUGUGCCGCUUGCUGUUAGCAUGGGGAAAGCCCUGCCAAUGUUUAACUUUUAAAAGCAUCUUAUCUCAAAGACAGGCUAUCCAGUAGAGCCCAGUGCUCCCUUUCCCCUCUUGUUUUAUGAUCAGGGUGAAAGGCACUUCCUGAUGGAAUGAGCCUAAUUUGAUUUCCAUUUUAAGGUGGUGUCUGUGCAGCUGUCGCCCCUGGUUCUGGCUGUCCUUUGUUUUGUCCAGGAGGAAGCCUGCUUGUCAAGGCUGACCUCCCUGAGCCACACAAACACACAAGCCCAGCCAGUCUCUCCUGGACCGAGCAAACCUGCCGGUCGGAGACUGCCCAGACAUGAGUGAUGGGGUUCCUGCCUGCUGUCCCCUCUCCCUGAUCACACAUAUGCCCAGGCUGCCAUGCAUGGGCUGCAGUAUCCCCUGAUUUCCUCUGUGGUAAUAAACGCUUUCUGUGACGGUCUGA